CAGGACUGGAGUCCAGCCCAGCACGACGCGACAACAGCAGGAAGAAAAGCCUUUGCUGUGCUCGGAAGCAGUGGGUGGGUGCACGCUCAUCGUGCACACGGACACAGACCAACCAGCAUACAGCAGACAGCAGCACACAGGCACAGCGCGCACUGACGUGUUGUGCUGUGUGUAGGCGUGUGUGUGUGUGAGUUGCUGACACAGCUUGUGGAGCACACAGAGCUGGCGAAAGGAACCCACGAAGAUGGCGGAACCCAAGUUGGAGGUGACCGUGCUUCGUGCCACGGACCUCAAGAACGUGGAGAAGAAAGGCAAAUCAGACCCAUACGCCGUGCUCGAGUUGGCAGGCACUGAGUUCAAGACAAAGGUCAUCAAGAACAACUUGAACCCACAAUGGGAUGAGACAUUCAAGUUCACGCUGCCCGCGCCCCUUUCCGCCAACUCGCCCGCCCUCAACAUCACCGUCAAGGACAAAGAGCGGACGCGGGACCGGCUGCUUGGCAAAUGCACCGUUCGCUUGGACGUGCUCAUGGGAGAUCGCACGCAAACCAAGUUCUACUCGCUCAGCCAAGGCGAGGGCCGCAUUCAGCUCCGCCUCAAGUACGAUGGCCCCGUCGAUUCCUCUGCUCCAGCCGCCCCGCAGGCCGGUACGGCAACAUGCCUUAUGCGACGUUGUCGCAUCCGUGUCGAGGCGUCCAUCGGAAACAUCGGGAACGUUCUUGAAAACCCGGACACGGAGGGCAGCAUCACUGCGCCGGCCAAACCGACAUUCGACGGCUCGUGCUACUACUACAUCUCCUGGGAGAACAGAAAGCCGUGCCUCGAACUCAAAUCAGACUGGGAGGAUAUUGACUACCGGUACAAGACGCUCAACUUCCUGCGCACGCUCGCAGCGUCCCUCGAAGACAUCUGCCACCAAAUUGCUGUGUUCCAGUCGCAGCGGGACAUUGAGGAAGAUGCGCUGCUGGAUCUCACCGACGACGCCAUCCUCGCCCUCGAGACAUUCCAGAAGCUGUGCCAGCAGCCGCUGCCCGCGCUGCCAGACGGGAAGUUUACGCGCCUCGAUUACCACCUCUUCCGCCUCAGGAACGCGAGCAUUCGCACCUUCAACGCCAUGGCAGGCACCAUGAUCAAGAAGAUCAAGGAGCUUGGCGCGAUGAAGAUUCUUGACAUCUGCGGAGAGGAUGUGCCUGAUCUUCGUGGACAGGUGAUGGACAUGUGCUACGAGCCCCAACUCUCCAUCCCAGACGUCAUUCUCUGGAUCCUCACAGACGACCAGCGCAGAGCGUACCUGCGUGUUCCCGUCUCCGACAUCAUGUUUGACGAGAACCCGGCACACCGCGGAAAGCAGUUUGGACAAGUCCAGACAGCGUUUAUGAAGUUGCCGGCUGCCAAUCGCUCCAAAGCGAACCAGACGGGCGACAUCCCUGCCCAGAUUCAGUUCCGCGCGUGGUUUGGCGACGCGGAGUACACCGCCCUCUGGCCAAAAUCACCCGCGACGCUUGCCGUGCUGUCUGAGGUGUACGAAAACCAGCGGUACAUGCUCACCAAGUGGGCCGACCCGGGCAUCGGCAGGUACACGGAUGUGACACGGAAGAAGAAGCAGCCAAAGGACCAGGUGCUUCUGCCCACGGGCUGGGAGUGGACGAGCGAGUGGGAGAUUGCGCCUGAAAUUGUUGAAUUUGAUCCAGAGGCGGCUGUUGAUGCCGUCACGGAGGAGGUCUGGGAGAACCAGCGUCUCAUCCCGUUCAAGGGCUGGCGCAACCCGACGUCGCACCCGUCGUUCUCUGCGCUGAAUCCGCGGGAGAAAGCGGACAAGGACAGCUGGGAGCUGGACGAGGGCUGGGCAUGGGAGGGCGACUGGGAAGUAGAUACAGCGCGGCCGUGCGACCACGAAGGAUGGGCGUAUGCGGUGUCGUUUGCAAGCAAGACGUUCUUCCCCGCGAAGAAGAGGAUCCACUGCGUGCGGCGGCGGCGGUGGACGCGAACACGUCGACGCAUUGCUCGCGUGCAGAACAGAGAUGGCGACACUGGCGAAGCCGAUGCUGAUGCUGAUGCAGACGAGGAGGACGAGGCAGACCCACUCAUGGAGGGCGACCCUGAGGGGUGGCUGUAUGCGUUUUCGUUUGGCAGCCAGUUCCACAAGAAGCGACGCCGUCGUGAUCUUGUGCGCAGCCGCCGCUUCCACCGCGAGCGCCAGCCCAUCCCCGGCUUUGACUUUGCAGAGGUUGCCCCGCUCACACCAGAGGAGCAGGAGCAGACAUACAGCGUUGGCCUGUUCUACCGCUAUCCAAAACUUGAGCUCUACCAAGUCAGAGCACACAUUUACCAGGCGCGCAAGUUGAUCGCUGAGGACGCGUCUGGCCUCUCCGAUCCGUAUGUGUAUCUCAUCUGCGGUCACCACAGCACGCGUUCCACCACCGUCAAGCAGAGCACCUGCCCGCUCUUUGACCAGGUCGGCACGCAUGAGAUUCAGCACGUGAUGAACUACGCGCACUUUCCCGAGCCAAAGGACCCCGCCCUCGCCGCCAUCACAAGGAACACCGUCAUUGCCAUCAGCGAAGGAGACCGGGCAAGCGUGUUCAACAAGAAGGACGAGGAUGCGAAGAGCAUUCUGCAGGAGGCGAAGAAACAGGAUCCAGACUUUACGGAGGAUGAAAUCGACUGGUGGACGAAAUUCUACGCCUCCAUGCAGCAGUCAGAGGCAAUCAAGAGGUAUCGCGGCAACGUGUUCACAAUCUACAAGUGGGAGCUGGAACGCGUCUUUGAUCUUGAGGACGUUGUCUCUUCGUUUUCUCUCGUGCGUGGCAAGACUGGGCAGCAGCGGGAGAGCGGGAUGUUCAAGGGCAAAAUCCACGUCAUCACAGACGUCGACGAAGUGCCGCCCGGGAGCACCUUUGAUCGCGAGGCGCAGACGGAUGUGACGCGUGUGCUCGUGCGCGUGUAUAUCGUCAGGGGCGAAGACUUUCAACCGCAGGACGCCAACGGCGGCUGUGACUCGUACAUCCAGAUCCACCUCGGCAACAAGCGCGUGGUGAACGACGUCAGCAACUACAUCCCAGACGCGCUCUCCCCCGUCUUUGGAAAGACAUUUGAGGUUGAAGCGGUGAUUCCGCUGCAGACGGAACUUCGUGUCUCCGUCUGGGACCAGGACACGCUCGACAAGGAUGACCUCGUUGGUGCGACGACGAUUGAUCUCGAGGACCGCUGGCUCUCAAAGUGCCGGCCGCGAUGUGGUCUGCCGCAAACAUACACGCGCGAAGGCUUCAACGCAUGGCGCGAUGCGCACACACCGCGGGAGAUUCUGAGCGAGCUGUGCGAGGAACACGACCUGCCGGAACCGUUGUACAGCGACGACCCGAACAACGUCUGGGUGAAGACGGCACUGCCAGAGAGAGGCAUUGAGACGUUCACGUGCCAAUAUCUGGAGCCAGACAACGACAUGGAGAUUAAGCUGGAAAACGCAGCGCUCAGCGCAUUGCACAGCAUGGACUGGACGCCGGAGCACAUCGAGACACGGCGGCUGUACAACGACUGCCAGCCCGGGGUUGAGCAGGGACGGCUCAAGAUGUGGAUCGACAUGUUCCCGCUUGAUGGCCCGCCCAUCCCACCGCCCAUUGACAUUUCGCCGCGGAAGCCAAAGGAGUACGAGCUGCGCGUUGUUGUGUACAACACAUACGACGUUGUUUUGGAUGAGAAGAGCAUCACGGGCGAACGUAUGAGCGACAUUUACGUCUCCGGUCUCCUCCGCGGCAUGGAGAGCAAGAAGGCAAAGACAGACACCCACUACAGGUCGCUGAAUGGCGAGGGCAACUUCAACUGGCGGCUCAAGUUCAAGUUCCUGUACUACCCGGCAGAGGAGAAGCUCGUGUUCCACAAGAAGCGCAGCCUGCUCUCCCGCGACAAGGAGGAGAUCAAGGUUCCGCCCAUCCUCGCACUUCAGGUGUGGGACAACGACUUGUUCUCCGCCGACGAUUUCCUGGCGGCGAUUGAUCUCAACUUGCUGGAGAUGCCGGCUCCCUUCAAACUGCCAAAGAAGUGCAAGAUGUACACUCAAGAGUACCACGACAAGCACGAGCGCAUCAACCUCUUCAAGGCGAAGCGCGUUGCCGGUGUGUAUCCGUGCACCCGCGGCGGCGGCGAAAAGGGCGAGGAACUCACGGGCAAAUUGGAAGUGGAGAUUGAACUGCUGACUGCCGAGGAAGCAGAACAGAAAGACAAUGGAUUUGGGCGGAAGGAACCAAACCAGUUCCCAAAGCUGAAGAAGCCAAACCGCCCGCCCACGUCGUUCUUCUGGCUCACGAGUCCCUGGAAGACCUUCCGAUACAUCAUCUGGAAAAACUACAAGUGGUAUUUCCUCCUGGCCCUGCUCAUCUCCGGGCUCAUCACAUUCCUCUGCCUCAUGUUCUACAACGUGCCCCGUUUCAGCGUGGGUGCCAUCUUUGGCAGCAAGGCCUGAAUGGCCAAAUGAUCCCAACGCAUCACGCGCAGCCAUCACGUACACUGCUGGAAAUGCUUGCAGGCAUGGCGGUGUUGCCGUAUUGGUCUGCAACGACCAUUCUUUGUCCCUUGUGUGCUUCCAUUACCUUCUCGCUUGCUCCAGUUAUCUUUCAUCUCCGCGCACUCCAUGCAAUAUUAUGUUGUUUGUGCGUGCGUGUGUGUGUUUGUGCGUGUGUGUGUGUGUGUGUGUGUGUGUGUGUGUGUGUGUAUUGUUUGCCCUUUUGUUGUUUCCCAUUUGCCUUUUCCUCGCUAUCCCUCUCCUUGUUCAUAUUCCCGCAUCACAUAGGCUGCUUGCUUGCUUGAUUCACGCUACAUGAUUUCUUUCCCCGCUGUCCUGCAUGCGCGCACAUAAACAGCUGCUUCACA